AGAGAGACAUGACUAUGGUGGAUCCUCUGGGGAGCCUCAACAACAUCCUGAUGCUGACGAGACAGAGAAGAGUCUCUCCAUUUCAGAACACCAGAUGGACAACGCUAGCCCUUCCUCCCUCCCGGAGUCCCUGUAUCGUGCCUCUCCUGGUAGCACGUUACUGCUGGGUAUGAAGAGGUUGUCUGUGCUGCUGGUGGACUGCAGGAAAACAACAGGGCUGAGUGGAACUGUGAGAGGAGGAGAAGAGAAGAAAGGAUCAGAUUUGACACGUCAAAGAGGAAAACCAAACUUGGAGGAACCAAAGACCUCCACAACAUCAAGACGACACCUCUGCUCCCAGAUCAAGUUAGGAAGCCUGAAAAGACCUGAGAGGACACACACAGGAGAGAAGCCGUACCAUUGCACCCAGUGUGGAAAUAGUUUUAGCCGGUUAGGAAGCCUCAAAGCUCAUGAGCGAAUACACACGGGAGAGAAGCCAUACCAUUGCGGCCAGUGUGGAAAGAGUUUUAGCCUGUUAGGAAGCCUGAAAGCUCAUGAGCGAAUACACUCAGGAGAGAAGCCAUACCAUUGCGGCCAGUGUGGAAAUAGUUUUAACCAGUUAGGAAACAUGAAAAGACAUGGGAGAAUACACACAGGGGAGAAGCCAUACCACUGCUCCCAGUGUGGAAAGAGUUUUACGGCGUUAGUUAAGCUGGAAGCUCAUGAGCGAAUUCACACAGGGGAGAAGCCUUACUACUGUUCCCAUUGUGGAAAGAGUUUUAACCAUUUAGUUAACAUGAAAAGACAUGAGAGGAUACACACAGGAGCGAAGCCUCACCAUUGCUCCCAGUGUGGAAAGAGUUUUAAGCGGUUAGACACCCUCAAAGAUCAUUUGCGAAUACACACAGGGGAGAAGCCUUUCCGUUGCGCCCAGUGUGGAAAGAGUUUUAGCCGGUCAGGAAGCCUGAAAGAGCACGAGCGAAUUCACACAGGGGAGAAAUCUUACCACUGAUCCCAGCGUGCAAUGCGUUUUUACCCCAUUAGGACACCUGAAAGAAGACAUGAGACCGCACACGGGGGAGAUGCCUUACAAAUGUUCAGACUGGGGGGAAGGCAUUCUACUCAUCAGUAGUGUAAAAAACAUGUGCGAAUCCACACAGGAGAGAAUAAUGACUUCUCCUUGUGUGUAAAUGUAUAUUUCACAUCACAAUGACUUAAAAUUCAUCAGAGAACAUACACAGUGCUCCCAAUUGUCUUAUAUUGUUGACUGAGAAUGUGUUUACUUGUUUAUACCACAUGAAAUUGAAUGGUACAAAGUAUACUCAAAAAUACAUUUGUGUGUUUUUAUUAGAAAAUAUGAAUUGAAUAUUGUCGUGUCUUUGCCAUCAUUAAAAGUGAAGACUUAUUUUAUUAAGUCAAUUCUCUGUAAUUAUUAUUACGUGAUUAAACCAAUCAUGUACAUUUAAUUAACUAGGAAGUCGGGGCACCACGGAAAGACUUCAGAUUACAAAGUUAUACUUUUCCCAAUGUAACUCUUCUGAUAUUUUAUUAUCUUUUCAAUUCAUUUUAUAUUAAUGAAUUAUUCUUUAACUCACAUCAGUCUCAUUCCAAACGUCGUAAAUUGUUGGUUAUCUGCACGAACCCAGCCUUUUUUUAAAUAAAUCAUCCAUACACCAAUUGGCUUAAUCAUUUAUUAACUAACUAAAUAAUCACAGAAAUGCGCAAACAAACAGUAGAUACUGGUUACUAACGAAUGAUAGGGAAGAUUCCCUACUGGGCUUGGUGGACAAAGGGAAGUGGGUGUGGACUGAGAAACAAACAGUAGAUACUGGUUACUAACGAAUGAUAGGGCAGAUUCCCUACUGGGCUAAGGCGAUAUGACGGCUUGGUGGACAAAGGGAAGUGGGACUGAGAAAGAAGCGGGGUAGACAAAAGGGUUCAUUACACACAGUUGAUAGUACAGUUGAAGUCGGAAAUGUACAUACAGUGGGGCAAAAAAGUAUUUAGUCAGCCACCAAUUGUGCAAGUUCUCCCACUUAAAAAUAUGAGAGAGGCCUGUAAUUUUCAUCAUAGGUACACUUCAACUAUGACAGACAAAAUGAGAAGAAAAAAAUCCAGAAAAUCACAUUGUAGGAUUUUUUAUGAAUUUAUUUGCAAAUUAUUGUGGAAAAUAAGUAUUCGGCUUACACCGAUGUAUGCGUUUUCUAAACUAUUCGCAAUCACAGCGCUCAGUCUGAAGAGGAUUUUUUCUUAGGAGGGACUUUUAUUCGUAACAAUAGGAUAGGCGGUUCCAUGACACCAGAUCAUGUCUGUGCCCUCGGGGACGGACCAAUGACUUAGUUACACUUUUAAAGGAAUACAAUUCUAUCACAUUAAAGGUUUAACAUCACAUUACAUCAUUUCAUAAAUAGUUGCAUCUUUACUCAUUCAUUUUAUACAAGAAUUAGAUGCAAACCCGAUAAUUGAGAAAUGUACACAUUGAGACAUAGUUAUGUGUGUUUCCUGUCCUCUCUGAGGUCACCAAAUGAAACACACUCAACAUAACUGUCCCUUAAGAGUCCACAGACCCUUCCCACACUCUCAAAGGUGGACAAAUAGUUUAAUUUUGCCAUUUUGGGGAUUUAGGAGUUCGGCCACGUGAAUUCCUUUGUUCACUCUGUGGUCUCUCUCUGUAUGAAAAGGGGGAGAGAGUCUCCGCCAGGUAUUUACGACCCGAGAUAACAGAACCUGGAUGUAGGAGAGGGGGAAGCCACAAUCUAUACCCAGAAAAGGCCACAUCAUGACAAUAUGGAGUAUUUCAGUUUGAAUAUAAUGUACAUCAGUUUCCUUGUGUUCAAAUGUAGGAUAGAUCAGAUUCCAUGUGUUUAAAAUGGUCCUUUUUUUAAACUCUGUGUGUGUUUAUCUGGGUGUGUCAUUCCUCCAGCACUACAGAUAAUCAAGUGAUAUUUGGAUGUGAUGCAUUAGUUCCAUUGUUGACAUUUGCAUUGUUGGCCCACUGAUGAUUUAAUGAAAUGAAAAUGUUCAGACUCUGUAAUGGAAAAUGUUAAUUGUUUGUGUGUCCACAUAACUGAGUAUGUGACUAACCUUGUGAAACUGUCCUAUUAUAAGCUCCUGUUCUUGGGAGUAUCAUCCUGUGUUGCAAACCAAUUUACACCUGUGUCCUUGUAUGAAUAAAGUCCCUCCCAGGAACAGGAAACUAUAAAGAUAUGUGCUAGUCACUCAAUACUUCAGGAAAUCAGACUGUCUACACUGCGCUGUGUAACUCUGUUAUUCUCUCUGAGCUCAGAAAUAAAGAAUCUUGGUUUGA